AUGGCUGCGGGCGAAGAGAGGGAAACGAGGUUUGCUUCCCGGAGCAGAAUCAGCACGCGGUUAAGCAACUCCGCUAACAGCGUCCGCGUCGGCGAUUCGAGCUUCAACUCCCAGGACUACUCCACGAGCCAGUCUUUCGAUGCCGAGGAGACCGUACGUGAGAUCCUCUUCCGCCGCCGCAACACGAGCGAGCAGGAAGCGGGGCUGUCACGCUUCCGUCGCGACCGAUCGCAAAAGGCGAUGCAUAAUUCGCGGCGGCUGGGUCUUAUAAUGUUGGUUCUGGGCCUAAUAAAUGGCGGCUUGUUUGCACUGCUCCAGGCAAGACGGAAGGCAUACGCAGAGUGCACUGUUGUGGUUCCUGACCGGCUUCAGAGGGGCUACGAAAAGUGGGUGCAUCCAAUAACGGAGCAAAAUUGCUCGGGCGACACAAGUAGAUUCGAAAAAGCGAAUAAGAUUUACAUCUACUACUCCAUCAACAAUUACCCAUUCCACGGCGCUGCUGCUUUCAAGCUGCACUCAAAGAAUCAGCUGGAGGGGAUGGAGCCUACUAAGAACGACAUUCAUUCUUGCUAUCCAUAUCACGUGGUGUCAAUAGCAGGCGUGGAAAAAAUCAUAUACCCCUGCGGACCACACCUAUGGCACUUUUACAGUGACAUUUUCAAGUUCUCGACCGAGAACCCCGAUGAUUCAACCGUCUUUUUGCCCAUUGACGACUCGCUGGCGACCCUGUCGUACUGCCAGGACUAUACCCAUAUGCGGAAUCCGCCAGAUAAAAGCAUCAACGAGACAUUCAAAACAACGUACUACUGGCUACAGGAAAAUUCUAUAGCCGUUAAUUCGGAUGAAAAUUCGGAAUCUGGCGAGAAUGUGGACACCGGCUUUGUCACCAGAAAGUCGGCGCAAAAUAUCAGCGCCAUUCGCACCCUCAUGAACGCCAGGGCAGGAAGGGGCUUGCAAAAUGGCCACAUCAUACAGUGGAUGACGCCAUCGCCGUUCAAAACGUUCAAGAAGUUGUACGGGGUGCUGCAAGGGCCUAUCGCAUUCCCGCUUUAUGUUACCAUGCACGUGACGUACGACGCCGAGAGUUUUGGUGGGUGGAAGUCCUUGUCAUUAGUGGCCUCCGGCUGGCCUUACGGCAAACUCGUGCCAGUACAAAGCUUGCUCGGCCUUAUUGCCGCCAUGUGCUGCGCCUUUGCGUUACUGCUACUGCUAACUAAGCCGGGCGACCCGCAGCGAUGUGUAAACCUUCUAUGA